AUGAUUCGCUUUCAAGGCUACCGGACGCAUCAUUGCCCUUCUCGUCGACUCGCAUCGUACGCUCUUUCAGCGUCUCUGAUGCACUCGAAGCCGGGCCGUGACCGAUGCGGGUCUCACUUUCCACCCGCCACCGACAGACCGACUCGAAGGACAACGGGAGCCAAUCGCCAGUCCUUGACCGGCCAGCAACGAGCCACUUUGUGUCUGUGUGUGUCUGUGUGUUUGCCCCAUUUCGCCUCGCCGCUUGGGCAUUGGGAAGCUUGCUUGUGGGAGGGUGCAAAGUUCAACAAGAAAGGGUCAUUUGAGAUGUUGCCAGGAGAAAAAGCCUUUUGCUUUGGCCUCCUCAUGGCAAGGGCGACUUCGGAGGGUGGCUGCGACUCGCCGGGCAACCGGUGA